AUGGAAUCUUCUCAGUCCUACCCUCCUACCUCGCCUAACUCUGCAACUUCACCCGUAUCCCCAAAAUCUCCAUCGAAAAUUCCGAGAAGGAUCAGCUCCACAAGGAUUGCUCUUCCCGAUCUAAAAUCUGCACUAGAAAGGGCGGUUAAGGCCAGAGGGAAAACAUACUCCCAAAUUACGGCCUUCAUCUGUUAUUGGGACGAUGACAACACUCGUGCUCAAGAAGAUGGAGAAACCUUUUCCCAUAUGAUAGCUGAUCUUUUCGGAGUUGCCAGCCAAACUUUUAUCAUGAACCACGAAAAUUCCGUUGCAUGCUGGGAUUUGGGAGAUCGCCUGCAUCAAGAAGUUGUGUCCAAACACCGCAUUUGCAAACCAACGCUCUUCAUCUUUUUUUACGCUGGCCACGGUAGGAUCAAUCAACUUAACGAACUUUCUUUUACCGCGACCAAGAAGGAAAACCUUGUUCCAUGGCGCACCAUCGAUCGUGAAUUAAGUUACCACACUUAUCCUAUGGAUACCUUCUGCAUCCUAGAUUGUUGUUAUUCCGGUACUGCUAUUGCGGGUAACCCGAUGACAACCCAUGUCUUAGCUGCUUGUGCCUCUUCGGAGUUUGCGAGAUCCCGUGUAAAUGGAAUAUCCUUUACACAGCGAGUUGUGCGGACCAUGCGAAAGCUUUCCGACUCUGGCAAGAUAUCUAUCUCAACAGAUGAAAUUUUCAAUGCGGUACAGAAUGAAACUCCUCGUGGCUGCUACAUGCCAAGAUUUUCUAGUCAUAAUGGGGUGAAUCCCAUUGUCUUACCUUUCCACGUCACGUCUACUUCAAUUCCUCCUUCGCCAGGAAUUUCGUCUUCUGGGCAUGCCUCAAGUUCGAGGUUAGGCCCUGCAUUACAUUCCCGCCCACUAUCACAACUUCCCUCCGACCGCGAAACUCACGUUCUUGUUCUACUCGUUCUCGAAGGAAACCCGAAGCUGGUUGUCCAGGACUUUGAAAAAGUUAUUGAAAACCUGCCGGCCAAGUUUAAAGUGAAAAUCACAGAUGCCUAUGAAACCAAUGCAUCUGCGGGAGUCUUUGUGUGCAUGACUUGGGAGGCAUAUGCACGGUUCUCGUCAAGCGUAGAACUAGACGCACUCCUUCCUGUGAUCGGACCAUCACUGAUUCGCACACAUGAGCUCCGCGCGAUUUCGGUCCGAGCUGUGCCCUAG